UUUCCUUACUGGCUUGUGACUGUAGCGAACAACAUACCAAGGCUGCUUGCUAUUAUUUCUUGUCACCGAAUAAUAAACCCUAUGGCUUCCAUCGCAUCUUCCCUGACCGCUGAAAACGAGGAGAAGCUGCAGAAUUUUUUCUCCAGAUAUGUUCGUUUUCAUCUUCUGUACAAGAGCAGUCAUCAUGGAGCUGAUUUCGAUCAACUCCUAAACAGGUUUGACCAUCAUGGCAAGUAUGUGCUCAUGGUUUUUCUAAGGUCAGGGUCGGUCAGAGGCGCGUUCGUGAGUAAAAGUCUGAUGGAUGAAAUGAAAUACUCAGAUGUUGAAGCAUUUGUCUUUAAAAUAGAAGGUAAAUAUGGCGAUCGAUUUCCAUACAGCCCCACAGCUAUCACUGUUAGUGUAGAUUCAGAUUCUAUUUCUUUCGGAAAAGGAUUAAACCUUAAAUUGGUUAAUGACACCUGGUACGAGAGCUUCUCCACAGAUGUGAUUUAUGGCAGAAGAAAGCUAGAAGAUGAUAAUGUUUACUGCACAGAUGUGGAGCUUCACCGUGUCCAAGAUGUAGAUGAUAUUUUACCCAACCCUUGGAGAGAGAUGGUCUGGUAUAAAGAGACGAGGGAGAACCUGAGGAAGGAUUUUGUCUCCUACAAGCUGGUGUUGGAGUCUCUACCUCGGGUAAAGGUUUUACUCUUGGGUCCAGUGGGUUCAGGAAAAUCCAGCUUCAUCAACUCUGUCAGAUCCACCAUAUACAAUCGGGUCAUACAUCUGCCCAACGUUGGCACAGCUGUGGAGGGGUUCACGCAGAAGAUGACAACCUAUGAUAUUCGUGUAAACCAGCGAGGUUCGCCAAGUGUCCUGAGUCUCUGUGAUGUGAUGGCACUAGGAGAUGACGACUCUACUGGUCUCUCUUAUGCUGAUGCUCUGGCUGUCAUCAAAGGUCACGUUCCAGAAGGAUACAAAUUUCAGAAAGGUGUUACAGUCACUGAUGCUGUAAGUGGCUACAUUGAGAAACCCACCCUGAAAGAACAGAUUCACGGUGUCCUCUUCGUGCUUGAUGCCUCCAAAGUGACAACAUACCCCAGCAGCCUGGAGUCCAUGCUCAGGAAGCUGCACUCCACUAUAUCAGAACUGGGUAUCCCUCAGCUGGUUUUGCUCACUAACGUGGACCAGGUGUCUCUUGCGGUGCAGGAAGAUGUGAAGGAUGUCUAUUCCAGUCGACCUGUGCAGGAAAAAAUGCAGAAAGCAGCCACGUUGGUUGGACUGCCACUGUCCUAUGUUCUGCCGGUGAAGAACUACGUGUCCAGACUGACGGUUGACUGCAACACUGACAUCCUGCUCCUGAGUGCGGUUAUGAGCAUCCUACAGGCUGUGAACGACUCACUCGAGGACCAAUACGAUUUUCCUGUUCCUUUAACACGUGAUGAUGAUGAUGUCUAGUCUUUUACACAAUUCUAGAUCACACCCCGCCAUUUAUGCUUUAAGGUUAAAUAUCAGCUAAUAGAAAUCUUACAGUAGCACUGGUCUUGUUCAAAAAAAUCUACAAUAUUGAGAUUGUUAAUAAUAACAUAUAUAGAGUUAUUAUAGAAUGUAGAGUUUUUGAUUACUUAUUACUGAUUAUUACUUAUUACUUGAUAACUUAUGGCUUUGCAUUUAUUCUGUUACAACCAAUUCACUUUCCAUUUGACUCCUUGUUACUUCUUUAAUCCUUACUGUUGAAUGUCAUGCGCAGGAGUGCAUCAGUGUCUCUCUGUUGCUAGUUUGGUUCAAGCUACAUUUUUAGUAUUUUACAAUUUUUUAAUGGAUUUUGCUGACCUGAGGAGGAUGAUAAAACAAUUGGACAUGACAUUCAGGAGUCCUGAUCCAUUUCUUUCAGCUUGGGGUCUCAUUUGUUAAAUCAUGAACAGAACAAGUACUAAAUUUUGUGAGCAAGAGUUUGUCUAGAUUUUAUUUUAGCAUAUGAUUUUCUGUUAUUCUAACAAUUAUUUUUCAAUUUACACUGUCACGCUCGCUAUGAAAUGCUUCAGGCUUUUUUAAAAGCAAAACA